GAGCAGCAGCGGCCGCCGCAGCAGAGCCCGGGAGCGGAUGGAGCAAUGGGUGGGGAGCGGGAACCCGGCGCCGCCAGCCCCAACUUUCCCCCUGCCUAACUUUUCGCUUCCCUUCUAACGCUCCGCGCGGCUCUCCCUCUCUUCCCCUCUGCCGGGCUCGCGUGGCUCUCCGCGCCGCUCCCCGCUCGUUCGGAGCUCAUAAGGAAGCGGCGAAGCGGCGGGCGGGAGCGCGGUCGGGGCGAGCGGGCAGCGGAGCGGGAAGGCAGGGCGGGAGGGGAGGGAAGGGGAGGAGAAGGGAGGGGGCGGCCGGUCCGCACGGCCGUGCUCGCCGCGAAGUUGGCGGCGGGCGCCGGGCGCGUUUGACAGCUGGGCGCGGGCGGGCUCCGCGGCCCCGGCUGGCACGGAAAGUUCGGAGGGGAGGAGGCGGCGAGGGGGCUGCUUCCCCCGCCGCGCUCUCCCCUGCCUCCCGCUCCGCCGCCCUUGCCCGGGAGCAAUAAAAAGCGGCGCGGGGGUUCCGCUGCCCUCGCGGCCCCGCUCGCAGCCUCCCCCUCCGCCUCCCCUUUUCCCCUUCCCCAGCCCGACGGCCCAACGACAACAAACCAACCUGUGGAGGCUCUGACCCGGACCUGGGUCCCUCCUCCCAUCACUUCCAGCUCUCCGCUGGAAGCUUUCCCCUCUCUCUGCCUCUCUGCCGCUCGGGCUGAACUUUUGGGGGCUGAAGUUUUAGAAGAGUCCGAAGGAGAGGGGAAGGGACUCUCAUUUCUACUUUUUUUUUUUUUUUUUUUGAGGGGGGGGGAGGAAGAAACAACAACAACCAAAAAAAAAAAAAACCCAACCAAAAAACUACCCUCUCGUUUUUUUUUUUUUUUUUUUUUUUUUUUUGAAACCUCGCUGUAUUUUUUUUUUAGUCCAAACCACCUGAAGGUGUGAGGGUGAGAUACAGAAAGGAAAGCGGGGAGGACGAAGGGGAGGAAGGAGAGACGGAGAGAGGGAGAGUGGAGAGGCGCUGAGAGUCCCGAGGCAGCAGGAAGGGUGCAGGCACUGCCGCUGAGAGGAGAUCGAGAGACAGGGGGUGCACUUGACAACCAGCAUGCAGAGAUGGUAAGAAGUUUCCAGCAGCCUUUUCGUUUUCAUUCUAGCCUUUGCUUUGGUUUGAUGUGAUGAAUCAACGGUGCAGCAACACCAGCAGCCCCGCUCGCGGUCCGCUGUGUUUCACUCCACACAAACCAGCGGCCGGGCGGCGAGGGAGGAGGGGGUAAUAAAUAAGUCAGCCCCGUGCUGCGUGGAUUGGGGGAGAAAAUGAGUUAGAGGCUGUGCUAAACUUCCAGAGAGUUUGGGGGGUUGCAAUGGGAUGGCCACAUGCUUCUUACCGCCUCCUUCUCCCCGCUGAAGGCACGGGGAUAGUUCUUUUUUUUUUUUUUUUUUCUUUUUUAAUGUGUCUGUGAAGGGAGGGAGAGCGAAGGUGGAGUGGGGCUGAGUGGGGCGUGCGGUGCUCUGAUCCUUUCCGGACACCACCUUCUGCUCGGAAACGAGCGGGGUUUGCUCACAGCGGAAAGGUAACCCCCGAGAGCGGGGGAAGGAGCGGCGCGUUGGCGUGCGAAGCAUCGCCCGGGGCAGGAGGCAGAGGCGCGACCCCCCUCCCCGCAGCCUUUGUUGUGCAUGAGCCCGCAGCGCGCCGCUCCGUCCCCGCGCCCGCUGCCGAGGGAGGGGGCAGCCCCAGCCCAACUUCCCCCAAGUUUUCGUGCGUGCUUCUCGUGCUGUGCAAAUGCACCUCUGUGUUGCAGCAGGGUUUUUGCAAAGGAGGGCUGGGGCUUCCGCGGCCUCGUAGUUUAAAAAUAAAAAGGCGAAAUGACUGGGGACCUCGUUUGGCUGGAGUCCUCUCAUCUGGGCUUUGAUGUGAAGAUAGGUUAAACAGCUGCGAAGAGCAAACACGUCUAAAGAGCCGUGACUCCUCUGACGUGCGUAGUGAUAACCGCUCGUACGAGCAAGUGGACCGACCUCGGCGGGUGAUGAGCGGUGCUCAGCCCGCACUCAGCGGAGUGUCAGAAGAGGCAGAAGUGGAUGUGAGAGACAGACACACACAGAGACACAGAGAGCGAAAGAGGGCAAGAGACUUGACUUUAAGAGACUCCUGCACUGACAACUCCAUGCAGUUCGGAACAAGAACGGCAGCGACCGACUCUGGUUUCAUGGGGACAUGGCAGAACACUGACACUAACCUCCUGUUCAGAAUGUCCCAACAGGCCAUCCGCUGUACACUGGUAAAUUGCACAUGUGAAUGUUUUCAGCCAGGGAAGAUUAACCUGAGAACCUGUGAUCAGUGUAAACAUGGCUGGGUGGCACAUGCCUUGGACAAGCUUAGUACUCAGCACCUCUACCACCCAACCCAAGUGGAGAUCGUGCAGUCCAAUGUUGUAUUUGACAUCAGCAGCCUGAUGCUUUACGGUACCCAGGCUGUGCCUGUGAGACUGAAGAUACUACUUGACCGACUCUUCAGUGUACUGAAGCAAGAGGAGGUGUUGCAUAUUCUACAUGGCUUAGGCUGGACACUUCGAGACUAUGUUCGAGGCUACAUCCUUCAGGAUGCUGCAGGCAAGGUGCUGGACCGCUGGGCCAUAAUGUCCAGGGAAGAAGAGAUCAUUACCCUUCAGCAGUUCUUGAGAUUUGGAGAAACCAAAUCCAUUGUGGAGCUGAUGGCAAUUCAAGAAAAAGAAGGGCAGGCUGUGGCUGUGCCAUCUUCAAAGACAGAUUCAGAUAUAAGGACUUUUAUUGAAAGCAAUAAUCGCACCAGGAGCCCGAGUCUCCUUGCUCACUUGGAGAAUAGCAACCCUUCCAGCAUUCAUCAUUUUGAAAACAUCCCGAAUAGUCUUGCAUUCCUGCUACCAUUCCAGUACAUAAAUCCAGUCUCUGCUCCUCUGCUGGGGCUGCCUCCAAAUGGCCUCCUGCUGGAACAGCCAGCAAUGAGGCUUCGUGAACCAAGCCUUACAGCUCAAAAUGAAUAUAAUGAGAGCAGUGAAUCUGAAGUUUCGCCUACACCUUUCAAGAAUGAGCAGACGUCCAGCAGGAAUGCUUUGACCAGCAUCACAAAUGUUGAACCCAAAACUGAGCCACCCUGUGUCUCUCCUGUUCAGACACCUACACCUGUCAAUGAUUUAUCGAAAACGGAACAUACUAAAAGUUCAUUCCGCAUUCACAGAAUGAGGAGAAUGGGGUCUGCCUCUAGAAAAGGAAGAGUGUUUUGUAAUGCAUGUGGCAAAACUUUCUAUGACAAAGGUACGCUUAAAAUCCACUACAAUGCCGUUCACCUGAAGAUCAAGCACCGGUGCACUAUUGAGGGCUGCAACAUGGUAUUCAGCUCUCUCAGAAGCCGCAAUCGUCACAGUGCUAACCCCAACCCCCGCCUCCACAUGCCUAUGCUAAGAAAUAACCGAGACAAAGAUCUAAUUCGUGCUACAUCAGGUGCUGCCACCCCAGUCAUAGCAAGUACAAAAUCCAACCUAACUUUAACAAGCCCUGGGCGUCCACCGAUGGGAUUUACCACUCCUCCUCUAGAUCCUGUACUACAGAAUCCUCUUCCCAGUCAGCUGGUGUUUCCAGCUUUAAAGACUGUUCAACCUGUUCCUCCUUUUUACAGAAAUUUACUUACUCCUGGAGAAAUGGUGAGUCCUCCAACCUCCCUCCCUACCAGUCCAAUAAUACCAGCAGCAAGUGGCAUGGAGCAGCAUCCCCCUCCUCCUUCAGAGUCAUCAGUACCAUCAGUGCUGAUGCCCACCUCAGAGCCUAAUGCUGACCUUGCCCCUAAGAAGAAGCCAAGGAAGUCGAGCAUGCCAGUUAAAAUAGAAAAGGAAGUUAUUGAUACUGCCGAUGAAUUUGAUGAUGAAGAUGAAGAGGUGAAUGACAGCAGCACAAUGGUAAAUGACAUUGGUCAUGACAAUCACUGCCAUUCUCAGGAAGAAAUGAGCCCAGGCUUGUCUGUGAAAGACUUUUCCAAAACUGACAGAAGCAGAUGCAUUUCCAGACCAGAUAUAAGAAGGGCAGACAGUAUGACAUCAGAAGACCAGGAGCACGAGAGAGACUAUGAAAAUGAGUCUGAGUCUUCAGAGCCAAAACUGUGUGAAGAAUCCAUGGAAGGUGAUGACCGCCUCCAUGAACCUGUUGAAAAAUCUAUGAUGCACAGUGACAGACCAGAUGAAAACCACAAUGACUCUUCUAACCAGGAUGUCAUUAAGGUGAAGGAAGAGUAUACAGACCCUACAUAUGAUAUGUUCUACAUGAGCCAAUAUGGACUGUACAACGGAGGAAGUGCCAGUAUGGCUGCCCUUCAUGAAAGUUUUGCUUCCACAUUCAACUACAACAGCCCUCAGAAGUUCUCCCCAGAAGGUGAAAUGUGCUCAAGCCCAGACCCCAAGAUCUGCUACGUGUGCAAGAAGAGUUUCAAGAGUUCCUACAGUGUGAAACUUCACUACAGAAAUGUUCAUUUAAAAGAGAUGCAUGUCUGCACGGUGGCUGGCUGUAAUGCUGCGUUCCCAUCACGGAGAAGCAGAGACAGACACAGUGCUAAUAUAAACCUGCACCGUAAACUGUUGACCAAAGAACUGGAUGACAUGGGCCUGGACUCCUCACAGCCUUCUCUUAGUAAGGACCUUCGCGAUGAAUUUUUGGUGAAGAUAUAUGGCGCUCAGCAUCAGAUGGGGCUUGACAUAAGGGAAGACACCUCCUCGCCUGCUGGUACUGAGGAUUCCCAUAUGAAUGGGUACGGCAGGGUCAUGUCAGAAGACUAUAUGGUUCUAGAUCUGAGCACCACCUCCAGCAUCCAGUCCAGCAGCAGUAUCCAUUCCUCAAGAGAAUCUGAUGCAGGAAGUGAUGAGGGCAUUCUCCUGGAUGACGUCGAUGGGGCAAGUGACAGCGGGGAAUCUGCCCACAAAGCAGAUGCCCCUGCCUUAGCUGUAGGUAUGGGCACUGAUGUCCCAGGAUCCCUCAUGUUCAACAGUGUUUCGGUGAGCAACGGUGGGAUAAUGUGUAACAUUUGCCACAAAAUGUACAGCAACAAGGGAACCCUCAGAGUGCACUAUAAAACAGUGCACUUGCGAGAGAUGCACAAAUGCAAAGUCCCUGGGUGCAACAUGAUGUUCUCCUCUGUCCGUAGCCGAAACCGGCACAGUCAGAAUCCCAACCUGCAUAAAAACAUUCCCUUCACUUCAGUAGAUUAGUUCAAGGAUGGACACGGCAUUAAUGCCAGCUCUCAGAGAGGGCCCACCACAUUUGAACUGCCAUAUACAGCCUCCCUUGAUAUAUAUAUAUAUAUAUAUAUAUAAAUAUACAUAUAUAUAUAAUCUUUUUCUUUUCUUUUUUAACAAAAGAAAGAAACACCAGGUGCUUUUUUUCCCUUUGUUGGUCGUUGGUUUAUUUUUUUUCUUUUUUUGGGGGGGGAUAGAAACAAAAAGGUGGGAUCUUCAAUCCGGGGUGAGAUACCCUUCAAGGAAAAAAUAAUAAUAAUAAAAAGCAAACAAAAAAACAAAAAACAAACCUACAGAAAAUGUGCAGUUGUCCCUAGUUCUGUUAGAAUGUUCUUGGUCAUCUCCAAAGAGACAAUUUGUUCUACCCAUGAUUUUCACCUGAAAAAAAAAAAGAAAAAAGAAAAAAAAAAAAAAGCAAAGAAAAAAAAGAAAAAAAAAAACUACUUAGUUGUCUUUGUGUCUUCUAAGCAUUGGGGAUAACGUUCUACUAAGCAUGGCUGUUACACUUGUAUAUAUAUAUUGAGCCUUGACAGGCCUUUGAUGUAAAACAAUUGUAUUGAUGGUGGUUUAACUUUUUUUUUUUUUUUUUUUUUUUUUGCUUAAUUUUUACAGUUACAUUCAGCUGUUAGAUAAGCAGGAAAAAUAGUUUGCUGGCUAGUUCUACUCAUUUAUGUUAGCUUUAAUGCACAUUUUUAAAAGAACCACGGUCUUGUUUUAACUACCUGCUAGAUAUAAGUAAUACAGAGGUGCUGGCAUGCUUUACAGUACCUGAUCUGAUACCGUUUUUUUGUCUUGUACUAUUACAUAAAUCCAGUCAUGCACUUUUUCGUACACUACGAGGGGAUGUGUAAUAAUAUCCAUGCUUUUUUGUUCUUAAACUAUUGCCAUACUUUCAGUAAGUGUCUUUAAAAAAAUACACUUAGAUAAAAGUGGUCUGGUCAGUAUGAGGGCAUGAAUGCCAAACAAAGAGUAUUAGUGUUUAGUGUUAAUACAAAAGUGCCAACUUUGCACACAUUUUGAACAAAAGAAAAUGUAGUUACUUAUUCACCAUAACCACAGUUGUAGUUUUUGGACUACAGUAAAAAAUACUGGGGAGGGAAACGGGGUAAAGUGAAAUACAGAAUUCUUGGUGCUUUUUUCAAGUGCCAACUAUUACUAGAAACAAUAGAGCAUCCUCAUUCCGUAUAUAAUACAUUACAUGAAAGAAAAAAACAGAAUUGUGUCACGUGAAUUGGUGUAAACUUUUUUUUUUGUUGAACAUGCAUAAUAUUUGGGGAUAUAAAUGCUGAUACUACUUGUCACGGAACAAAGAUGAAUAUAAUUUUGUGUGCUUCUUACUAUGGCCUGGAUUUUUUGUGGUGUUUUUAAAAAAAAAGAAAAAAAAAAGGAACAGGGAAAUAAUGUUAACUAUGUUAACUAUGUUGUUCUGUAAAGUUGUCUUUUUUUGCAAUGGAAAGUUCUGUAGUAUGAUUAAGGCAUGUUUUAUAGAAGCAAUCAAAAGAUGUUAAAGGCAGAAGCACUUAGAAGCUCUGAGAACACUUGCUGGAAUUUUUAUUGGGUAACUUUCCCUUUGGAUAAAUUGCAGAUCAGAAAAAAAAAAAAAAGGAUCUCUAGUUGUGUUUAUGUUUUGUGUUUCACCCACGUGGUUUGUCAGAAAAGAAUCAAAGCCCAAGAAAUAAAGCCAGCAAGAGAAAGAGCAUGGGCAGGAGAGGCAGAAGGAGCUAGCCAUUGAGAAAGGCAGAGAGAACGAGAAGCUGUCCUCUGAAUCGUUUUUGUUUCCGGUGUUUACACAUGUUGCUCGAGCUGGUAAACCACACUGGCAGGCUGCGUUACCACAACAUACUGACUGAGCGAUGGUAUUUACUUACAUUCAGUCUACAGCCAAAACCAUUGUUGUAGACUCUUCCGUACAGAAAGAAUAGCAAAAGCAAAGGCAAAAACAAAGCAAAACAAGAACUCGAAAAAGAAGGGAUAUUUCAGCAUCCAAUAAAAUAUUUGUUCAUUGAGAAUGUGUUCCUUUUCUGUACUUACUGACCCAGAAUAUGAGCCCAGAGUCAGAAAUGCUCCUAUGCUUCAGCUCGUGGCUGUUUUGAUUUGUUGCGCAUUUUGAUCAUUCUUAUCUUUAUGUCCACAUCAGUACUUACUCCUGUUACAUUUUUCUAGAGGAACCUCUUAAUAUGGAUUUCCUCUUUUAUAGUACUCUUUAUGCAUUUCAGUACUCUUGUUUCCAAAAGCAGCAAUCAAUAGCUAAUAAAUCAGUAUUUUCAGCUGUAGAAAAGAAGAGAAAAAUCUUUCUAAGUUAACUCUCACUGUGCUUCUAUGGGUUACAAGCCUCUGAUCAUUUUUUGAUUCUGUGCACUGGUGAAGCCCAGAAAACUUUUGUUGAUCCCACAGAAACUAUAAUGAAAGUUUACCCUCCGGUUUAACAAAAAGAAAGUUUAUAGCAAAAGCAAGGCCGUUUCACUAACUGCUUUUCUUUCAUCUUUUUUUAUUUUUCCUUGAAGUCUCUACUAUUUUCCCUUGUUAUAUUGAGUACAGAGAUCUGCUUUGCUUUGGUUUACGUUGUGCAAGCUCAGUGUGUUAGUGGCAGAGGAAAAUCAGAACAGUAAAGGUGGAUUCCUCUAAAACACAUGGUCUUUUGUAGGUUUACCUGCACUGCACUCCUGCCCCUCCUCCCAGGCUACUAGGAACCAAGCAAGACAGAAAGUCUAAAAACCAAUACGACAAAAAAAUUGAAUGAUUUCUACAGGAAAAACAAAACAAAAGAAAACAAAAACACUGUUUUGAACUAUGUAUGUUAUAAAUAAAUAUUGUUUUUAAUGAAAAACACUUGAGGUAUAUAAAUUAAUUCCUCACCGAAUGGUUCGGCAUUCUCAUUUCAUUCUCUUUCUGUUGGAGGUCAAAUGAUUUUGGAAAAAAUGUUUGGAAAAGUAAACCAUCUGCAGAUAAAUUCAGCAGAUUAAUUACAUAGGAAAAAAAUCUGUUCAUUACACAAAAUGAAACAGGAUUCUUUAAAAAAAAAGUAAAAGAGCAGGGACAAACCUUCAAAAACUGCCACAGGUCGCCCUGCAAUCCUUCUUUUAUGGCAUCCUAAACUUCAUUCAGAUUAUGCGUAAGCCCUGUAGGAAAUACCAUCUCCAUGCAAGUAUGAAUUUUAUUAUGGACAGAGUAUUUCCCUCUGUUAUUUCUAGGUGACUCAAAGUGCUUUUUCAGUGGUAGAGACACUCAUGUCAGAACAGUCUUGGUUUUAGGAGGGCACACAAACUGUCAUGUAACUGAGUGGUAUUUCACUCCAUCCUAUUUACCAAGCGUCUUUAAGAAAAUCUGUAUUUGUCAGAAUUGUUCCUGUGUUAGAAUUUGUAUUCCUUGAAAUUAUCUGAACGAUGAUGAAAAAAAAAAAGGCUGGAUGGUAGAAGUUUGGUUUUACUGACAAAAUUAACAAAACAGCUAGCAUUGCUAAGUGAUCUCAGCAGAGACCCACACUGCAACAUGCAUAAAGACUAAACUUCUCACUAAUCCAGCACAAGGCAUGACUGUAAUGGUGUGAUGGUGACAAGUGUUGGACAGUUGCUUAUGCCAUCAUAACCUCAUGGCUAGGCCUUCAGUUUGCAAAACUGCCAGUCCUUUUUCGUUUUUUUUUUUUAACAAGAAUUUGAUUGAAUUUGAGUAAUUUGAGUUGUACAGAGACUCUUCGUUUUACGUGGAAGAGGUUCUUUGUUGUUUGGUUCCUAUAGUUAUUCGUGACAUGUUUUUCACAUUAUUUUACUGUUUUGUUCAUUCAAAAUAGUUGUAUUUUUCUGUAAAUAUCAAACAGGCUUUGUCUACUUCAAGAAAAUAACUCUGCAUACUGAAUCUCUUCUGGAAUCAAAAUUACUUUCUUCUUAAGCAUUUUUCUUUCUUUUGGAGAGCUUUUUUUCCUUUUUUUUCUUUUCCUUUUUUUCCAAGAAAGCAUGUGAUGUCAGUUAAUUACCAAGUAAUUUUUGAAAAACUGUAUCAAAUAAUUUGGAAGGAAAAUAGCAGAGUAAUAGUACAAGAAUGGGAACCGGGACUUGAACAUCCAUAAUACUGGUGGCCCUUCUCACUGCUUAGUUUUUGACAGGUCAUAUCUCACAAAUGUUUGUGUUUCUCUCUGUUAAAAUAUGGCUAUCACUGAUAUGAUCUUAGUCCAAAACCUAAUUAUUAAAGAAAUAAUGUGUAUCAGUUUAAACUUUUUGGCACACCUUACUGUAUUUAGUCAGUUUCCCUGAACUACAUAGGUUGCUCCAAAAAUAAUGCCUCCUAUUUAUCUCCCUGGAAACGACAACAAAUUCAAAGAGCACAAUAACGCUAUUUGAUGACAGGAGAAAUUCUCAGCUACAGAACAGUGCUUUUCAACAUUGCCGCCAUCAUUAGCUAUGCCUUUUUGCCAGGCUUGUAAAAAUCUGCACCAGCAGAGGUGACCUGCUGUUGCUGUCGCCACUGCUGAAAUGCACCACCCACUGCCUCACUGUACACACAUGCACUGUUUGGUCUCCAUGAACGUUUGGCAAGCAUCCAUGAAUGCCAAUGGGUGCCAUUUUUUCCACAUGGAAGAACUCAGUGACACACCUUUGCUUCAUAUGCACUUCCAUGUCAGACCCCAUUCUGUCAGAUAGCACCUCUGCUGCCAUCUAUCAAACAGCAACAUGUGAUGAAAUAUUGGUGGGAAGGUUCAGCCUCUACUGCCAUACCACCAAUAUCCACCUCUGACAGUGUGGGAAAAGAAAAUGAAAUAGGAGGCCUUACUUUCAAAGCAGCCCUUGUAUAUCUCAAUCAGAUACAUUUUGUUAUGGCUGAGAUUUUAACUUUGUCUCUUAAACUGCAUCUGGCUCCAUGCUGACACUGCAGUAACACACACAAACUAUAAGCACUCUGCCACUGAGUCACAAUUGAACUUGAUAUAAUUUGGAAAGCAUGGAUUAGAAAUGCUGUUAGCACAUACACAGUGCUAUGAAAGAUGUCUUAUAGGAUUUUCAUGCCUAGGCUCAUAAAAUUUGUGUUUCCCGGGUACUUUACAUAGCAGAAAUUGUUCACUAUAUUUGCUGUGAGUAAACUACAGUGUAUUUCCUCCCUCCCUUCCUUCCUUCCUCCCUUCCUUUCUUCCUCCUUUCCUCCCUUCCUCCCUCCUUUCCUCCCUUCCUCCCUCCCUCCCUCCCUCCCUCCCUCCCUCCCUCCCUUCCUCCCUUCCUUCCUUCCUUCCUUCCUUCCUUCCUUCCUUCCUUCCUUCCUUCCUUCCUUCCUUCCUUCCUUCCUUCCUUCCUUCCUUCCUUCCUGCCUUCCUUCCUUCCUUCCUCCCUUCCUUCCUUCCUUCUUUCCUUCCUUCCUUCCUUCUUGAAAAUGAAAGUGUUAUUUCUCUAUCUAUUCUAAAAGUUUGUUUUCCACCACCUUUGCAUUUCCCAUUUCAUCCCCAAAAAAGGAACUGUUUAGGAAAAAUAAUCAAGUCAGCUACUGAACAGGAGAGCAGCUGCCAGGGGAGGCCAGCAUUUCUGUUGGUCCAGUCCAGUCCGGCUCAUAGGAAAUGAGACUGCAGGCAUCCACUUCAGUUUUCUCUGAGUUUUAGUCUUCUCACUUAAACCAGUUAAGGAUCUAGCAUAGCUAAUUAUGUGGGGUAGGAAUGUGCCUAAGCAGCAAUACAAAGAGCUGUGUGAUUAUCUGGAAAGAUCAGAAACAUAAUGAUACAUGGUUCAAUCUGUUCCAAAGACAGGAAUCACUUACAAGACUUAGUUCCAAAAUUUUCUCUUCCUGCGAAUUUGGUAAUUUAAAAUGAAAGUAUGUGGUUUAGGCCUGUUUUUCACAGGAUUGUUAGGAAUCCCUGCCACCAUCAGAAAACACGGCAUCUUUUAAGAAUAUAUUUUUACUCAGAUUCUGCAGAACAUUUUCACAUCUUUGGUGGCCAGGAAAGGAAUAAGGGAGGGAAAUGCACACAUGCUCCUUGAAAUGUUAGAUGCAAGUUAUGUUGAAGGGAAUUAUUAGUCCUUCUUCAUCCCAAGAAUGUUUAUGUCAGUCCCUCUUUGGGUUGUAUUAACAGAGUUAGUCAUUUUUAUUUCAAAAAAAAGCAGCAAAAGCAUCUGUAGUAAGAGCAAGGAGGCAGCAGGAGUUCUCUGUGGGGAGAAGGUGAGUGGCAGACACAUGAUGGCAGCUGGUAUAUGUCCAGUUCCUUCUUAAUUUUUUUUUCUUAUGUCACUACUUUGCUACUAUAGUAACUCAACAAAACAGUGACUCUCGUGCUACUUUGCAAGAUAAGCAUCAGCAUAUCCUGCUGUCGCCACAUGAUGAGUUGGGUUUUUCUCCCCCUCCUGUAGGGACAUAAAAGGAGCUCUUUUCCAUACCCAUUUUUUUCUUUAGAACAACAUCAUAUGAUGGACUGAACCUUUCACCCACGUUUGCCCAAGUACAUGUCUGUUCCAGUCCCACGGUUUCUGUCUCUUCUUGCCAAGCAGCAUUAUCACUGCCUUUGAAAUGGCCUGCAACAGACUGAAGCAGCAACUUUUUUUACAUGAGUAAUAUUAUCUUGAAUCGGUAGUUAACUAGUCUUUAUGUGGCUUGUUUUCUGCAGUCAAGCCAUGAUCUUGAAUGACAGUUUGAGUGACAGCUUUGAUUUUUAUACUGAGCGUGUAUAUCUCAAUACUGUUGCUGUUAUGUUCGGUAUUGGCACUGAAAAGAAAGCAUUUCUUGGCCAUGGAAGGGUUAAAAAAUGGACAUGUUUUUGACAAGUCCUCUGACUUUUGCCAGUAUUAUUGUUCAUUAUGAUGACACUGUAUUUUUUUUUUAAUAGCAGCUGUAGUUGUCAUAAAACUAUUUUCCCAUUCCUCUCCUUUAAAGUGUGGUGUUGUAAAUUCAUGUGACCUUUCCUGCAAAGAAUAAAUAUUUCUUUUUUUAUAUAAGAUCUCAAGACAAGGCUUGGUUUGUAACAAAUAGUGGCCCAUUACAAAGAGGGGAAAAAAAAAAAAAAAACAACUAGCUGAGCAGCAAGAUGCUUCAGUUCAAUUUCACCUCAUAUCUUUCUAAUAACUUACUUGUCACUUUAUUACCUUCCAGUAAUGUGAAUGCUGCUGACAAGACUGUCACACUAACAGCAGACAACACCCUCUCUUGCUUAGCCCCAGCUCUCCUGGCUACUUAUUGCACUGGCCCUGAAGGGACACAAACUAAUAGUGUGCUUUCAAGUUCAGCACUUGGCCAUCAAAUAUAAAAGGAUGCGUAAUUGCCUGUUUAUCCCCUGUGAAGGGGAAAUUGAGUAUAAGAACCAGACUUCCCCUCCCUGUUCCUUGACACACACGCACACGUACACACACACACAUCUGCAGUGAGUGAAGGGAAGUCCCAUCUGGAGUGCUUCGAUUUGUCUUUGGGAAGCCCAAGGCUGCCACUGGCUGCUCUAUCGAGCUAUCAAGCAGACAGUAACAAGAUGGCUUCUUAACAAAAGGUCAGCUGAGAAAUGCUGUCUGUGACGGCACUUUUGUCUGCUUAUGUAGCAACUAAUUGCUUUGUAUUGGCAUAAGCCAUACUGUACCUGCUAGAAAUAGACGUACAGACUCGCUGCAGGUCUGACUGUGGGUUCAGCAGCAAACAGGACAUGUAAUCUUAUCUUUUUCUGGUUUAGCCCAUCCCGUGGCAAAUUUCAGAGCAAAGCCAUUCCCUCAAAUUCCAAUGGUGAAUGCCAAUUCCAGAUAUUCUUUCUGCUGUGACAGGAACAUCUCCUGCUGAGGUCAGUGUGAACCUCUGCGAAGUGUUAGGGAGAUGUAUCUGAGACACAAUCUGCUGCCCUCAUACAAGGAGGAAUUUGCUCCGCUCUGAUUUAUCUCUUCAUUAACAAGAACACUGCCAAAAGCACCAGCUCCAGCACUGCCUUUCAGACAAAGCACUCUGGAGAGGAAGAGUUUGAGAGGGGAAGCGGCUUGGGCACAUGCACCCUGCUGAAGAAGUCCUGCACACGUGAAAGGUCCAUCUGCCGGCCCCACCACCCUCCUUCCUCCACAUGGUACGUGGGUCAGUCAGAGCCGCUCGCUGGCUGUCCAACAGUCACUGGAAGAUCACGUAGCCUGAGAAGUCAGUGAGACCUGCUUUCCUCAACCAGCCAGCAGGAUUUCUGUGCUGGGACUCUAGUACCAAGUCCCAUUGGUGCCCUGAGUGCUGCCCGCUGUGGAUCGAACCGGUAUUGCCCGUGCAAUACAUAAGGAGGCAGCUUUCAGAAAAAUGCCAGGCCCCUAAGAUCUAAACACAGCCUUUUGGGAGUUCCUUAUUUUUCAUACCCUUAGGUGAUUCAUUACAUUAGUGGACAGUAUUUCCUAUUUCCCAGUUCUGGAUGCUUAAUCUCUUUCCAGGGCUGCUUGGUAAUUACUGCAUCAAAGGUGAUGGUACCCACUACGAUAUGCCAAGGCCUUUUACCAGUCAGACCAAGGCCAGUGAUCUUUUCCCUCCUUUUCCCUCUACGUGCAUCAGAAGCUACAAGGGCUGAAGCCAGGAGGCAACUUCUCGAGGCCUGGUGCAGGAGAGAGAGAUGUCUGUGUUGGAGGUGUAAAGGCUGAGCUCAGGCUCUGCUCUCCCAAAAGCUCCACAUAUAUACAAUGCUCACCAAGGCCAGAGCCAUCAGCUCCACUGCCCUGCCCCUCCCUGUUUCUGGGGCUGGCUGUGGAAACCUGGCCUCUUCCAGUCAAACCAACCAUUUGUGUCCUUUUCUCGUGCAUAUGCUUGUGAGAGACAGACAGGAAGUGGAAAGAGGACAUAAUGACGGUAAAAUGGGAGUUAUAAAGGGGCAAAAUUAUGUCAUUUUUAUACAUUUAUUGAUAUGUAUGUUUGUUCUUAGGCACCUAAUAACACAAGAAGCUUGACUAAGCAAAUGUCUAAUGUGUAGAGAGGUUUGUUCAGAUGUUCCACAAACUUCACAUCCUGCUCUCUUCAAACCUUUGGAGAAAAAUACUUCAGGAAAAUGGAAGAAAGCAUCCAGGGCAAUUAUAUUUCUAGAGAAGAAAGAGAGAGCGAGACUAGCUAAGUGAUGCAUAAAGAUUUUAUAAGGCAUCCGUUGUCAAACAAAGGGUUGGGAAUGAUCAGAGGAUAAUGCGCAGUUAGGAUGGCAAACUCAUCAAUAGUUAAUCACAACCUGUCCGCUCCUGUUACGGAAUGCACGAGACUGUGAACUGUGGCUCUGUGGGAGCUGCGGCACAGCCAUGUGUCCGCAUCCCAGCUGGGGAGUGGUGCACGUUCCUACCAGCAGCCAGCAGCAGUUACGGGCACUCUGUCCUCGUGCCCCCAGGUUCUCAUGUCCCUGUGUGCUCACAUCCCCAUGUACCCAUGUCAUCACACACUGCGUCCCCACAGCCCUGCACCAGACCAUGUCCCGUCGCCUGGUGGUGGAACGGUUUUGCAGCCACAGGCACUGGGAUCCUGGCUCUGCUCCUCUUGGUCUGUUUGAUGACCUGUGAAAUUAAUAGGGCCACUUAAGCUGUACAGACUAAGUCUGAGUUGCUUGUUAUUUUUUUCAGAUCGUAGUUUUACAUUUUGAUUUCUUUUAUUGUCAUUAUUUUUUAUGAACUCUUGUAUGAUCUUCAGUCACUGUCUUAGUUUUUUUCAUUUUCUUCACCUGUCCCCACCUCUCAUUCUAAGAGAAUCUCUUACAAAACUUCUCUAGAAAAGUAACACACCCUCCUGAUAUUCUCCAUUUUGGAAAGUCUUAUGCAUUCCAUCUGUGAAAAUGGUCACCAUUUGUAAAGUGACAAGAUGAAUAAAAUGGACACUGUUGUGCGUGUGUGUGUCUCAUUUAGCUAUUUAUAAAUAUGAAAUUCAGCAUGCUGCUUUUUCUUGUGCAAACUUUGGUUCCUAUGUUGUAUGGGACUACUUUCCAUAAUGCAGCAGUUUCUCAAUGGGCAGCGUCUCUCUCUCAUCCAUGCCUCCUGCCUCUCUUCCUAUCUGUAAGAAGGACUCCGUGUACCAGUUCAGUGCAUGUGAAACAGGUGUGCAAGCGGGCCAUCCUGACCCCCUGAGCACAGUCAAAAUUUAGCCUGGCCAAACCUCCACACAUCUUUAUUCACCCACGAGCAGGUCAUCACGACCUGUUUGUACCUCUGACUAUCUCACUGUAGUGGGCUCAUCCCCACAAUCAAAUGGGCUUGGAGUUUCUUUGUUUUGCUGAGGGCACUUGAUCAUCAACACAGCUGUGAUUUUAACAGCUUUGGCUGAGAAGGUCACGUGGGCCGAGAAACAUAGCAGUUUCCCAUGCAGCCAUCUGCUGUGGACCUGGAGAGAUCAGGACCUGGCUCAGGGUCCACACGGAGAUGUAAGCUGAGAAAAACUGGAUUUGAACCUUCACGCAUUUGGUCACCCACAGCGGGCUGGUGGUGGGUUUGGCUGCAGAGACAAAAAGCCUGGAAACCCUUCUCUCUGUGGGAGGGUCCCCUCAGCACAGCAGUACAGCCAGCUCGGUGCCACGCAGCGCUGUGCUGCUUGAGCUGAGCCAGUGGAGGGGGGGCUCCAGCGGGAGGACGGCAAGCUCACUGCUGUCCUGCAGAGCUGCUCAUGUCAGCGGGCUGUGUCACAGUGUGUCGCUAAGCACCCGAUGGGCACAGGGCCGUGGGGAGUCGGGGCCCAGUGGAUAUUUUUGCAAGGGCCUUUCUCCAUCUGGAACGGAUGAGGCGUUUAAUUUUCAGUUUGUUCUUCAUGUGAGCAAAAGGUGAAUGCUCCACUGUCCUGCCCGCAGAACCAAAGCAUGCACAAUGGAACAUAGCUGUACAAGGGGAUAUGAAAAACGGCAUCAUGUUGAUCUAAUAAUCGUGACAUUGGUAGCUUCAUAAAUACUGUAUGUACUCUAAACAAGUUUUUUCCAUUAGUAGUCUGAGGGAAUUAAAACCCCUGUUUUUAAUUUGACAUUUCUUUUCUUGUAUUUUCUGUACUGUAACUGUCCUACAGUAUGUCUUUUGCAUAAAAUGCAUAAGGUUUUGGGGAUAUAAAUGGAGUUUUACUCAUACUUUGUCCAAAUACCUCCUGUAAUUUGUAUCAAAAUUCUUGUACAAUUUUUAUAUUAAAGAUUUAUCAGUCACUGA